AACAUUGUUAUCACUGGAGUUCCUCCUACAUGACAUCCAAAGAGUGACCUAUAGCUCAAAUUCAUAACACCGUAGUAGGUAUAAAGUAUAAUGCACAUUGAUCAUUACUACGCAACUUCUUGAUUUUGAUUAAUCCUGACUUCGUAAAGAAAAUGACUUCGUCAAUUUUGUCACCCCGAGAAACGGGAAAAUUUGUUUCUUCUAAAGCUAGUAACGUCUCUAUUGAUAAUACAGCAAUUGAACUUCUAGCAUCAUAUCUUGCUGAUACCGUGGAGCAAACUGCAUUGCAAUCUGUAGGUAAUGAGAAGUGUUAUUUUCCAGAAUUUUCUGGUCUCACAAGCUCACAAAUCAUCAAUUGUGUCUUCAUUGUUGAUGCCUUGAAUUUCAACUUCUGGACUUGUGCAAAUGAACCAAGGUACACUGUUACAUGGAACAAAGUUACAGGGUCGGGAUACUUGGGCCUUAUCCAAGCAAUCAAUCGAGCUCUGGCAAAUGGACACGCAAUGUACAACCCUAACUAUUACGGACAACUUCAAGCUGAAGAUUUGAAGGCUAUGUUUAGAUCAGAUUCUGGAAUUGAAAUUCCUUUAUUAUCAGAAAGGCAGUCGGUUCUGCAUGAAGUUUCUCAGGUGUUGAUUGAUAAGUUCAACUCUAGUUUCACUGAAAUGCUGGAGAAAGCUGCAGGCGAUGCUAGAAAACUGAUGCAACUGGUCGUUGAAAACUUUCCCUGCUUCAAGGAUGAAGCUGUUUAUUGUGGCACCAAAGUGUCACUGUACAAGCGUGCUCAAAUUCUGACGGCUGACUUAGACUUGGUAUUUGCCAUGAAAGGCAUGCCACGUCUACAGAACAUGGAUACUCUCACCAUGUUUGCUGAUUACAGAGUUCCACAAGUCUUGCUGUACUUCGGUGUCCUUGUCUAUUCAGCGUCCUUGUUGGAAAAUGUCAAGGAUAACUUGGUAUUCGCCAAUGGCAGCAACGAAGAAGUGGAGAUACGUGCGUGCAGCAUCGAGGCUGUGGAGCGCCUGGUACAGUCUUGCCGACAGCAGCUGCAGGAUCGAGGCUGGUCUAAAGCUCGAGCGUUAUCCUCCGUGUCAAGCGUCCAAGUCGACUACUUACUGUGGGAAUAUAGGUUAGCAAAUGCAGAGAAAUUGGUCAAAAUACCAUACCACAAAACGCGCUGUAUUUUCUACUAAUGGCAUCCGCCAUAUCUGAAAUUUUCGCAGCCAGUGAUCUAAUUAAGCUUUCCGUCCAAUGCGGAGAGAGCUUUCAAGUAUUCAUAUUUUGUAAAUGGUGAUGUUUCGCCGUUUCAACAUCGUACGAAUAAUAAAUAAAAAUAAUUACAAUGGG